UGUAGUAGCUAGUCACUUGUGAAUGAUUAGUAUUUACACAGGUCAUUCUUAUUAUUAGAGUAAGCAAUGGAGGUGAGCAUCAAUGACUAUAAAGGGCUUGUCCAUGACAUCGGCUCUAGUUAAUAGUCUGUGAAUUACCGUUUCAACUAGCCCAUCAAUUAUGGGAGCCUUUUAUGUCAGGAUCCAGACUUCAAGCUUCUUGGGAAGUUUUACUUCUUUUGGGAACUCAUUUGUUUGCCUUGGUUUUAUAUGAGGCUAGGAUACUUAAAACUAGAUAGUGCUAAAGACCAUCAUUUACCAAACUCACCAUGUUCUUGCUUUGUUUCAGUUAUCCUUAAAAAGAAGAGGAAGUAAAGAUUUGCCAAAAUCGGAAAAAAAGGCUCAGCAGACACCCACAGAGGACGACAAUGAGGAUCUUAAGUGCCAGUUGCAGUUCGUUAAGGAAGAAGCUGCCCUGAUGAGAAAGAAAAUGGCCAAGAUUGACAAAGAAAAGGACAGAUUUGAGCACGAACUCCAGAAGUACAGAUCCUUCUAUGGGGAUCUAGACAGUCCUCUACCCAAAGGAGAAGCAGGGGGACCUCCCAGCACCAGGGAGGCCGAGCUCAAGCUGCGGCUGCGGUUGGUGGAGGAAGAGGCCAACAUCCUGGGCAGGAAAAUCGUGGAACUUGAGGUGGAGAACCGAGGCCUGAAGGCGGAACUAGACGACCUGCGGGGCGACGAUUUCAAUGGCUCUUCCAACCCACUCAUGAGGGAGCAGAGCGAGUCCUUGUCCGAGCUGCGACAGCACCUGCAGUUGGUGGAAGACGAGACUGAGCUGCUGCGGAGGAACGUGGCUGACCUGGAGGAGCAGAACAAACGCAUCACUGCGGAGCUCAACAAGUACAAGUACAAGUCCAGCGGCCAUGACAGCUCGAGGCACCACGACAGCGCCAAGACCGAGGCCCUGCAGGAGGAGCUGAAGGCAGCGCGCCUGCAGAUCAACGAGCUGAGCGGCAAGGUCAUGCAGCUGCAGUAUGAGAACCGCGUGCUCAUGUCCAACAUGCAGCGCUACGACCUGGCCUCACAUCUGGGUAUCCGUGGCAGCCCUCGCGACAGCGACGCGGAGAGCGAUGCGGGCAAGAAGGAGAGUGACGAUGACUCCCGGCCUCCCCAUCGCAAGCGCGAAGGGCCAAUCGGAGGCGAGAGCGACUCAGAGGAGGUGCGGAACAUCCGCUCCCUCACGCCUACCCGCUCCUUCUACCCAACACCUGGGCCCUGGCCCAAGAGCUUCUCAGAUCGGCAGCAGAUGAAGGACAUCCGCUCCGAGGCCGAGCGCCUGGGCAAGACCAUCGAUCGGCUCAUCGCAGACACAAGCACCAUCAUCACCGAGGCGCGCAUCUACGUGGCCAACGGGGACCUGUUUGGACUGAUGGACGAGGAGGACGACGGCAGCCGCAUCCGGGAGCACGAGCUGCUCUACCGCAUCAACGCGCAGAUGAAGGCCUUCCGCAAGGAGCUGCAGACCUUCAUUGACCGCCUGGAGGUGCCCAAGUCUGCGGAUGAUCACGGCGCCGAGGAACCCAUAUCCGUGAGUCAGAUGUUCCAGCCUAUCAUUCUCCUAAUUCUCAUCCUCGUCUUGUUCUCAUCCCUUUCUUACACAACAAUAUUUAAACUUGUCUUCCUUUUUACACUGUUUUUUGUACUGUAAAUCUUCCAUCAUUUCUAUUCAUUGUAGUGUUUUCAGUUGUUUUCAUUUUGUCCACCCUUCAAGACAAGACAUAAAGGAAGUAUCAUUUCUGUAGUAACUGAUGCUGUAAAAAAACACUGAAGACUGAAUAUCUCUGUAAAAAGACACAACUGAUCUUACACUGUCAAAUUCACUAGGAAACCCCAGCAACCAAAGUGUUUCAGGUAAGGAAAAGUGAGAGUUGUCAGAGUUUUGUAUUAACUCAUUUUUCUGCUGCUUUCCUUUCUAUCUUUCUUUGUACUCCUGAUUCAGAGCUGACAGGUUGACCAUGAAAAUGGACUAAGUUUCAUAAUUGCUCUGUAGGAACUGAGUAUUAUUUUACACCUGGAAAUUUUUAGUUGGUUGCAUUUUCAGAGUUUAUGUAGAGGCAUUACGAAGCAUAAGCCAAUGUAGAUGUUUUAUAAAUUAUCGCUGAUAUAAAUUAUGUAGAUGUAUAAGUAUGCUGUUACUCAUGUUAGAUGAAAAGAAAAACGUCAGUGUCUAAUAAAUAUCUGUGGAAA